AUGUCCGACAACUCCGCCAAGGACCCGAGACCAGCAGUUCCUAACCAUGGGCACAUGGCGGUUGGCAGUCUAGCCCCAUGGGCAGAACCGGCCUGGUUCAACGCCCUCGAGAGCCCACACUACAAUGACUCUCACCGGAGGUUCCAGGCAUAUGUGCGCGACUUCGUCGACACUCAUCUGCUCCCGCAUGCCCAGGAGUGGGAGGCGGCCGGAGAAUGCCCUUUGCCAGCAAGGUUGAAGUUUGCCAAGUCCGGUUUAGCUUUUCUCGACGUGCCAAGGGAAUACCGUCCCAAGGAGCUCAUGACGAUCGCGGGCAUCCCAUUUGAUCAGCUCGACGUCUUUCACGAGCUGAUCCUGAUGGAUGAGAUGGCCCGCAUCCCGAGCGGGGUGCCCCUCGCUCUGGCGGGGGCAUCCAACGUCGGGGCCCCGCCUGUCUGGGCAGCGGGGACUGAGGACCAGAAGAGAAGGUGGCUGCCGGGCCUUUUCACGUGGGAGACGAGCUUCUGUCUUGCCAUCACGGAGCCGACGGCUGGCAGUGAUGUGAGCGCCAUCCGCGCGACCGCCAAGAAAACCGCAGACGGCAAGUUUUAUGUGGUGAACGGGCGCAAGAAGUGGGUUACUGGGGCGCCGUGGGCGACUCACAUGACAACUGCUGUCCGGAUGGGAGAACCCGGCCGGAGCGGCAUCUCGCUGCUCGUUGUGCCCUUGAAGUCGCCCGGCAUAACGAUAAGGAAGAUCCACAACUCUGGCCACAACGCCGGCGGCUCCUCUUGGGUCAUACUGGAGAAUGUUCAAGUUCCGGUUGACCAUUUACUGGGAGAGGAGAACGGAGCGUUCCCCAUCAUCAUGCGCAAUUUCAACAAGGAGCGCUUCAUCUUGACGGUGGACUGCAAUAGGCAGGCCCGUAUCUGUCUUUCAGAGGCACUUCAGCAUGCGCAUGAUCGGGAAACGUUUGGGAAGCCGCUUGCUUCGAACCAAAUCAUCCGUCACAAAAUCACCACACUUGCGCGGGAAAUAGAAGGGCACUGGGCCUGGCUAGAACAGAUAGCGUAUCAUGUGAAUAUCCACGGUUGGCAGACGAAAGACGUUGCCAGUAGGAUUGCGUUGGCUAAGAUCCAGGGGGGUAGGAUGGUUGAGCAGGCCGUGAGGGAGAGCCAGCAGGUACACGGCGGAAUGGGCUUCGAAAGAGGUGUCACCAUGACUGAGCAGAUAUCACGCGACCUCCGUCUAAAGGUUAUCGGCGGGGGCAGCGAGGAGAUCCUGAGCGACCUCGCAUGGCGAGAGGAACACAAGCGGGCCACGGGCCUAGGCGCCAAACUCUAG